GUGAGAGCUCUCUUGGCUGCUGGCCAAAAAUCGAAUUAGACACCGAGGAGGCCAGCCCACAGGACGGAAGGACUAUCCGGACCGAAGGAAGGCGGAAAUCACCAAAUGAGAAAUCCAUUUAUUAAUUACGACACUAUUUAAAUCCAACGGAAAAGUAAUUAAAUUUUUCGUUCAAAAACCAACCUGCAGCAAUGAUGAUAAGAAAUCCAUAAAAUGCAUUCCACAUCAUAAAUAAUCCCAAGAGCAAAACGACAGCAACUAAGUUGAAGCUGACGUAGGGGAUCAAUAUUUUCUUGGGGAAGCAAGAGAUUACAACAAAAAUAAAGAAAAAGGAGAAAACAUAGUGUCAUGGCCAUGGAACUAAUAGAGCAAGAGCCACGACUGGACUUCUUGCCGGGGGCCGAGGAGGAGGCGGAGUUCGAACGCCUGUACGCCGCACCCGCCGAGAUUGUGGCACUGCUGUCCAUCUUCUAUGGCGGCAUCAGCAUUGUGGCCGUCAUCGGGAACACCCUGGUCAUCUGGGUGGUGGCCACCACCAGGCAGAUGCGUACCGUAACGAAUAUGUAUAUUGCCAAUCUGGCCUUUGCCGAUGUGAUAAUAGGUCUCUUCUGCAUACCAUUUCAGUUCCAGGCGGCUCUACUGCAGAGCUGGAACCUGCCCUGGUUCAUGUGCAGCUUCUGUCCGUUCGUUCAGGCACUGAGCGUGAAUGUCUCGGUGUUCACACUGACCGCAAUUGCCAUAGAUCGACAUCGGGCCAUCAUUAAUCCACUUAGGGCACGUCCCACGAAGUUCAUAUCGAAGUUCAUAAUUGCCGGAAUUUGGAUGUUGGCUGUGCUCUUUGCCGUGCCCUUUGCCAUUGCCUUUCGUGUGGAGGAGUUGACCGAAAGGUUUCGUGAAAACAAUGAGACCUUCAAUGUGACACGAAAUUUUUGCAUGAACAAGAAUCUAUCGGAUGACCAGCUGCAGACAUUUCGAUAUUCGCUGGUCUUUGUGCAGUAUCUGGUUCCAUUCUGUGUCAUCAGCUUUGUUUACAUCCAAAUGGCAGUGAGAUUGUGGGGCACGAGGGCCCCGGGCAAUGCACAGGAUUCACGGGACAUAACACUGCUCAAAAACAAGAAGAAGGUCAUCAAAAUGCUGAUUAUCGUUGUGAUUAUCUUUGGUUUGUGCUGGCUCCCGCUGCAGCUCUAUAAUAUUCUGUAUGUGACGAUUCCGGAAAUCAACGACUACCAUUUCAUUAGCAUCGUUUGGUUCUGCUGCGACUGGCUGGCAAUGAGCAAUAGCUGCUACAAUCCCUUUAUUUAUGGCAUCUACAAUGAGAAGUUCAAGCGGGAGUUCAACAAGCGAUUCGCGGCCUGCUUCUGCAAGUUCCAGACCAGUCUCGAUGCCCACGAGAGAACCUUCUCGAUGCACACGCGGGCCAGCUCCAUCAGGUCCACCUAUGCCAACUCCUCGAUGCGCAUUCGCAGUAACCUGUUUGGCGGCGUCGCCGGUCGUGGCGGCGGGGGCUUCAACAAUGGCACCAAAAUCGGUUUGCAUUUACCACGAAAUGGGGCUCAGAGCGGCAACAAUGCCAGCCUGCUGUGCAGCCAGAACAACAACGGAGGAGGAGGGGGAGGGGGAGGGGCAGGGGGAGGGGGAGGUGCAUUAGGAGGAGGACACUACCAUCAUCAGAGUGUGGUUACCUUUGCCGGUCCCUCGGUACACGGUGCUCCCGGGGCCAGUGUCGGCGCCAUGCCGCCAUGGCGACGCAACAACUUCAAGCCCCUGCAUCCGAACGUCAUCGAGUGCGAGGAUGAUAUGGCCCUCAUGGAGCUGCCAUCACACACGCCCCCCAGCGAGUAGCUAAACGGCAAUGUGGACGCACGGCCGGACGGCAGAACCAGCUGCAUUUGCGAGCAGGUAAUUGGAGGAAAAACGGAAUGCGAUGGCUCCUGCAUACUCAGCGAGGUGUCCCGCGUCCACUUGCCACAGCAGAAGGCUCUAUGGGAUCAGCUCUAGGAUGGUUCGGUUGGUUUUAUACUCUGGUAGGGAUGAUUAGGAAGAUAUUGGUAUCUGUGAUUUUUGUCUUAAUGAAGUGUGAUUGCGAAUCCCCCGGAUAAAUGAUGGCUCCAAGCGGAUUUGUAUCGAUUGUGAGAUGAGUGCGGCCCCUGUACAGUAUUAUAAUUAUGGAAGAAAGAACUUUUCAAACUACAGAUACAAUUAAAUGUUCCUUAAAGCACUAAAUAUUGUAUACCUACAUACGAAUGUAAAGAUUGCUUGAAAAAUCUUGUGUUUAAACCUUAAAGCUUUCACCAAAUCAAAUUUGAAACGAAAUAUGUACCAACUACGAAGAAGAGCUCGCAAAUGGUCCC